AGGGAAAUUCCCUGCCCCGGAUUUUUCUGUUAGAGAAACUUUUUCAGUUGCGCCCAGAGGCCGAUUCUGAGCUGUGGCCACCAGGAUUGGGGCAGGAGAGCCCCCCACCACUUGAAACACCGACAUCUCCAGAGAUCCCGCAGCAGGACGGAGCACCGUGCUCCCCAUCGCCACGUCCCCUCCUUGCUGCCUUGCUUCCUCCCUGACCAGGUGUGAUGGAAAUGGGUGAAGUUUUCCUCCAGCUGUGCCAGGAGGUGGCCAGGCUGCGGGAGCUGUGCUCCAGGCAGAGCGAGCUGCUGCAGAAACUGAGCGCCAGGAAGGGCCCCGUUGUGGACAUCCCCAUGUCUCUGCCCAUCCAGUGCACAGAGGACGCUUGGACAGAGGGAGGGGAGCAGCUAGCAGCCAGCCCCCAGGUGCACCCCAAGGCCCCGCAGGGCUCUGCCCACCCUCUGGCCCCACCAAAUGCUGCCCACACACUGCCUGGUGCCAGUGGUUGGUACCCAGCUUGCAGUGACCUCGGGGCUGGGAGAGCCACCCUCCCAGGGGCUUUUGGCAGCAGCCAGGCGGGGAGAAAGGAGAAGAUGCUGGUAGACACAUGGCUGGAGGACUGUAGGAGGACUCCUACCACCAACAGCCCUGAGGAAGGAGCAACAGCUUGCUGCAGCCCACAGGAAUUUGUGACACCGAGCAGCGAGGCUGAGCACUCCUUUCUGACUAUCCUGGACCUCUAUGAAGCCCCAGAAGCUCUUGGGAGGGAGGCUGCUCCCAGCGACAGCGCUUUGUCUGCUGCAGAAAAGGUGCCAGUGGAAAUCCGGGGACCUCUGAAGACGUCCUGGACACCUGGAUGGAUGCUGGAGGACGCCGCGCUUGGACCCGGCGCAGCUGCGGCUGCUCAGAUGUGUGACAUUUGCCAGGCGACCUUCCCUGCAGACACCGCAGCUCAGGCUGACUAUUUAAAGCACGUCUUAACCCACAUGAAGUAGGGCUUUAGGACUUUGUGCUCAGAAAGCCAUGGGUGUGCAGCUGUGAGCGGCACAACGGGCUCCGGACCUGCAUGAGAUGCGGCUGCUGGGGCAGCUCAGGCUGCAGUUCCGUUCUUUGCCACCCGGAUCGGUUCCUGCUGUGCUGCCUGGGGGCUCAGCGGGGGUUCUGGGUGUGUUUCGGCUCAUUGAGCUUCAUGGGUAUCAAAACUGCUUCUGUGCUGAGCUCCAGAUGCGUGUAGGAGGUUUGGGGAGCUGCAGCUUAAUGGGAAGUGGACGUUUUUUUUCCAAAGUUCUCUGUAACUGGAAAAUGCUGAAUUUUUAAUUUUUUUUUUUCCUUGAAUAGAGACAUUUGAAAGCUGCAUUGUUGCUUUUUCCAAGAACACAGGAGGGGGGAUCACCAUGUUUUCAUGGCACUAAAUCUGAACUCGCUUUUGGAGAGGGCGCCAGCGCCGCAUGCACGAUGCCACCCACCCUGCAGCAAUGCAAAGCUCCCAUCCCUAUGAGGGGCACAACUGAGACCCCUCCUCAUUAAAACCCCAUCAGCUCUGGCUCGUUAGCUCCUGGGAGUUUAAUUACUAUCCAGGUGGGAGGAGGCUGCUCGAAGCCCAUAGAUGUGGGGUGGGCUGAUGGGUGUAGGGAACAGCAGAACAGGAAGGAGUUCCUGCCGUGCAGCAGCCAGGUGGGCACAUGGUGUUAUUCUGCCAUAUCCCUUCUAGCUGGAGAGCCAUCUGCAAACCCAGAAUGAAGAUUGCACUCUUCCAUUAACAGCACACGUGAUGCUGCUGUUCUAUAAUGCUUUCUCUCAAUACGCACCCAUGCGCUUUGUGGAGGAAUUCACCUGCAGAGCUGAGGAAACAGCAGGGCAAAACGCAGAUUAGCUCCAAAUCAUCGUGUUUUGUUCUUUUUCUUUCCUUUGGAAAAGCCUUAUCUCAGACCUUUACGCUUAACAAGUAGCUCUGAAACGGAUCUGGCAUCGCAUCUCUGAGGCAACUUGCGUUUAAAUCGACGUCCGGCGUCUCUGCUUCCAUGGAUCGAGAUUAAUUCCCGUCUCCAGCUCCAGAAUCUCAUCUUCAGCAGCACAGAUAACAGCAAUGACUCGAGGCUCUUCCCAGAAGCGUAGCUGCAUUAUGAAGCAAUGGAGCUGAUGAUGAACAUCUGUGUGUCCCGAGGGCAGGGACUGACUUGCAUGGGGCAGCACCGGGUCCUGGCAGUUUGGGAUCUGCAGAUUUGGGGUUUGCAGUCUGGGAACCAUUUUCCAGGAUGGAGCCCUCAGCUCUCUUAGAGCUGCAUCUCUGGGCUCAGUUCCUUCCAUGCAGAUUCUGGAGCUGCUCCUCACCCUGAGCAUGGACAAGACCUUGACUUGGUUGGGGUUUCUUACAGUGCUGCCUUCCCAUUGGCAUCUCCAACAGCUCCAAGCUGCCUCCUGUGGCUCCCUGAUUUAAUUAGGCAGUGGCAUAAUUCUAUGGUGUUUUCUGCUCUUCUAUAGGGCCUGGAAGAAAAUAUCAGUUUGCAGCUUGCAGAGUUGCUAGAAGCACCAGCUCUGACAGCGCUCUGCAUCAAGAAGGGCCAUAAAUUCAUUUGGCAUAAUAUUGUAACAGCCAUCCAGAAUUUGCCAGAAGGAAGAAAACCAACCCAGUUCCUCCUGCUCUGAGAGCAAGUCCAAUAAAUUUAAUUUAAAAACUGUGAGCACAGAUGGCUUUUCUCAAGAGUCAAAGCAGUCGUGGCAGAGGGCCGACUUCUGAGAGAUGCGUUUUGUGAUGAGAUGCAGGUGUGUUUGCAUGGCACAGUUCAAAUUAACGGGAAUAGUGUGAGUGUAGAGCCCUACACCCAAAGAGGGACAACUGCAUGCACCGGUGCAGGUCAAGGGCUGAGCUGCUGGAAGGGAGCUCCGUGGAGAAGGACCUGUGGGUCCUGGUGGCUGACAGGGUGAUUGUGAGCCAGCAGUGUGCCCUGGUGGCCAAGAUGGCCAAUGGUGGCCAACAGGUUGACCAAGGGUUGGCCACGAACCUGCAGUGUGCCCUGGUGGCCAAGAAGGCCAGUGGUAAUCUGGUUGACCAACAGCUGACCAGCAAUUGACCAACCAUUGACUAUGGGCCAGCAGUGUGCCUUGGUGGUGAAGGCCAGUGGUAGAUGAGUGGUUGACCAGCAGUGGACAAAUGGUUGACCAACAGUUGACCAAAGAUGGACCUCAAGCCAACAGCGUUCCCUGGAGGCCAAGAAGGCCCACUGUUGGCUGCACAGAGCGUGGCC